AUGGCAAUUUUUGCAAGAUUUGAGCUCCCACUUGUUGCUUGUUGCGGUUAUGGUGGUAGGUACAACUAUAACAAUACUGCUCGAUGUGGAGCAACAAUUACUGUCAAUGGAAGCCAAAUAAUCUUUGUUGGUUCAUGCAAAAACCCCUCAACUAGAGUGAACUGGGAUGGUGGUUAUUACACCGAGGCAGCUGCGAAAUUUGUUUUUGAUAAAAUUUCAACUGGAACAUAUUCAGAUCCACCUCUGCCCUUGAAACAAGCAUGUCACAGGAGUUUAGAGUGCAAUGGUACUGAGAGGGAUCCGUUGGUGAAAAAGGCUGAAAAACUCAAAAAUCUUUCACAAUCUCUAGAGAGAUAG